AUGCCAUCCUAUUUCUCCAACGUCCUGACCAUAUUGCAUCGACACUCAGCUCGCACAUCACCAGCAUCAAACCUAUCGCAAGACAUAGUCGGACCUCAUCCGAGCUUGUUCGAGGAGUCCUCUAUACAGUUGAAAGACAGGUCCGAUCUUCCUUCGAUAAGCCAAUGUGCUAUUCAUCUCGAGCUGCUGGAAGCGUUCUAUACUCUCCGUAUCCGGGUUACUACCUCGAGCAGGCUGACGAAAUCUCUGGAUCGGAAACAAAACCAUAAGAGAAACUCGAUACUUGGUGGACGCAAAGAACCUUCGGAGAGAUGGCAUAGGUUUCUGUCAAUUGCAGUAACCAGAUUUCAGCAAUGGGUUCGAAUAUCGAACCAUCAUCUCGAAGUCAAGCACCUUGAGGGGAGGGAUCCUCUCCUUCUACCUCCGCUUGUUGCAGACAUACUCAUGGUAUGGCAUGCCUUCCUGCUCAACCCACACGACUUUUCCCAGUUCUGCAACACAAGCCACCUGGAUCACAUCCGAGGCCUCUCAUUCCCGUGGGAAGCGAUACACGAGGCCCUAUUCCACGACAAUUGGGACUAUACUCUCCCCAGCGAGACCUCAGCCUGGCUUCGCAACGAGCUGAACAUCGCACCAGACCUAUUGACUGCCCUUUCGGACAAUGAAGCCACCACUCUCAAAGCAAUAACCCCCGAAACCCCACCAGAACACAUCCCACUAGUGGACAACAUCCUCCGACAAGCCAUCUUCAUUGACAAGAUGCAUGACCUCCUCUGGAUCCGUAGUCCCGCGCUCCAGGGAACCCUCACCCGGGCACUCGCGCGCUACGAGCGCUUUGUCACCUUGUUCCGUCUGCACCCGGGAACAAUGCUGGUCCCGACCCUGGACGUGGAUUUGGUUUGGCACACGCAUCUGUGUAGUGCGGUCCUGUACGAAGAGUCGAUGCUUGAGCGGACGGGACGGUAUAUCAAUCAUGAUGAUAAGCUUGGCGAAGAAACCCUUACUGGGGGGUUCGAUACGACGGUAAAGUUGUACGAGGCUGCGACGGGGGAGCCAGAUGGCGAGGCGCAAGUAGGUGUUCAGUUGGAAGAGUUUCGUACCUGUGGCUUGGCUUGA